AUGUCAUCAUUUUGGGACGAGAAUUAUUUCCACAAUCGCUAUUCUAACGACGCAUGGGGAGUAAAUGAUGCGAAUGAGGAGGAGGUUGUGUCUGGAGUCCCUGUUGAUCAAAAAACACAAUUGCCAGACUUGAACGAGGCUCCGACUCCACCUAUUGAUGAACCAAAUUACACGGCACAUCAAGUGUAUCCGGAUUAUGGAUACGGGUAUGAAUCUCCGUACGUUCAACAAAGUGGAUACGGUGCUGAGAAUGCACCUGUUGAUGAACCGUAUUACCCGACACAGCAAUCAUAUGGGGGUGAGGGUGGAUACGGUGGAUAUGAUAGAUAUGGGGGUGAGGGUGGAUACGGUGGAUACGGAGGCUAUGGUGGAUACGAAGAAUACGGUGGAUACGGUUAUGAGACCCAUAACACACCAGUGUAUGAUGAUUAUGAACCAUCUACCCCGGGCAAUCCGUUUUAA